AUGUCUAUCUACAACCUUUGUAGAUGUCUAUCUACAGCGGUGCGGCAGCUCAAACAGCGCUUAAUCGACUUCACUACACUACAAGUCCCUGACACCACGAAACUCUUCGAGUUAUACACGGACGCCCCUGGUUAUGCGAUCGGAGCAGUUCCAGAACAGGACGGCAAGCCCAUCAGCUUCGUCAGACAAGUCAUGAACCCCACACAACAGAGAUACUCGAUCUACGAUCAGGAACUCUUGGCAUUGGUCACAGCCCUGGACACGUGGUCACACUUGCUCCGUUUUUCCAAGGGAGCUCGCCGGAAUUCGUUCGCGACGACCCAGACGACGCAGCCUGCCGUCCGCAACUUCACCUUCGCUGUACAGGCACUACAAUAG